UAUUGAAUUUAAACUAGUAUUUAAAUUGAAUAUAAAAUCAUAUUUAAUUUUAAUUUUAAAUUAAAUUAUUAAAAAAUUAAAAUUUGAAUACUAAUUAAAUUUAUUAUUAAAAUGAAAACACGAAAAUGACGUUACCAGCUAUAAUCAGCAAGUCCAAAAGUUGAAUUUAUUAAAAUUAGUGAUUUUAAAUAGUUUUUAAGGGGUAAAAUACAACAACCUCGGGAGAACUGAUAAAGUGAUAAAGUACUGGCCAGUGAUUGUCAGCAUAGAAUAAAGAUACUGAUCACUAGUUUUUAGUUUUUGGUCAUAACUAUAUUGACUAUCUUAUAUAGCCUUAUUUAUUUAAUAUUAAUUGUAAUGGAAAAUGCCAUAGAAAAUCUCCUUAAUGUGAAAGUUAAAAAAUUAAAUAAAUCCAUAAGUGGCGGCUGUGUUAAUUCUGCUUCAGUUUAUCAAACAGAAGACAAUAAAUUAUUAUUUGUAAAACAAAACUCAAAUGAUGGGGUAAUGUAUUAUUUUCUUAUUUAUACAUUAUAUAUAUACACCUAUUGUAUAUGUAAAUAAAAUAAAAAAGAGGUAUAAAUAUAUUUAAUUUUGUAUUUAUAGUCGGAAAAGAUGUUCUAUGGAGAAUUAGAAAGCUUAAAAGCUAUACGCAGUACUAAAACAGUUUUAGUUCCUAAUCCUAUCGCCACAGGUUAUACAGAUGGUCAAUAUUUUAUUAUAAUGGAAUAUCUAAAUAUGACCUCAUUAAAUAAAAUAUGCUCAGCUGAAUUGGGCAGUCAACUAGCGGAUAUGCAUUUGAAUAAUUUACAAGGAGAACAACCAAAUAUAAAUCAAUUUGGAUUUCAUGUUGAAACAUGUUGUGGAUUUUUACCUCAAAAUAACACAUGGACCAAUGAUUGGCUUGUAUAAAAAUCAAUAAUUAGAACUUUUUAAAAUUCAGUUUAUAGGAUGUAGAUUUUCAUUUCAGACAUUUUUUAUAGAAAAUCGAUUGGCUUAUCAAAUACAAUUAUUGCAAUCAAAUUCAGACCACAGUUCUAGUAAAAAGGUAGGCACCAUUGUUGUUUAAGUUAAAAGUAAAUACAAUUCAUUUUUUAAUAAAUGUUAAUUAAUGAUUUUUUAAAAGAAAGUUAUUGAAAAUUAUUGGCCUCAGCUAAAACAAAUUAUUCCAAAGUUUUUUGAAGGUAUUAAAGUAAAGCCAUCUUUAGUUCAUGGAGACUUAUGGUCAGGAAAUGCAGCCCAAACAAAUUUGAAAUCAGGUUAAAUUAAUUCAUGUAUGAUAAAGACACCAGUGAACGCUACUUGCAUAUGUUAUGGGCAAUGGGCAUAUUGUCUGGGCAAUUUGAUUCUGCCCUGGUAUUUUGAAUCACAAAUAUAAAUAAGUUAACUAUUUUUUUAUUUAAUUAUUUCUUCUUCUCCUUCACCUUCGUCCCAACUGUUUGGGGUCAGCCACCCUCGUUCCAAACUUUCACUUGAACCGAUCUACCACCUCACAUACAUUAGCUGUGCUCAUAUCAUUCUCAAUAGCAUCCAAACAUCUUUUCAGUUUUUAAUUUAAUGUUACUAAUAAUUAUAUGAUUGAAAAAAUUAAUUAAUAUUUUAUUAUUACCUAUUUAUUUGUAUAUGAUUUACAUGGUAUUUAUAAACUUAGCCUUUAUACUUAUAAUAUAUAUAAGGCUAGCUAAUGAAUAUAUGACUAUUUUGGAUAUGAAAAUACAAUUUAAAACUUUAGUUAAGUACGUAUUUAUAGGUUUAUAUUUGUGGUUCAAAUUUCCCCACAUUACAUGUGACAUAUCAACAAUGAUUUAAAAGAAAUCAUACAUUUUAAGAAAUGUCACUAAUAAACCAUACUAUUUAAUGAAUGAUUAUACAAAUCAAACAUUAAAGUUCUCAAAAUUUGUUUGUGACAUACACUGGUAGAUUUUUUUUUUUCUAAUAGGUAUAUGUGAAAAAUCUGUUCCAUUAACCCUAGGUAACCCCUCGUUAGUCACCAAUUAUAGACUAAUUUCAAUUUUAGGACAUAUUUCUAAAAUUGUUGAGUCCUUAGUCUUAGACUCAAUUCAGCCUUUGGUUAACUCAAUUUUAGCUACUGAGUAACAUGGUUUUCACCCAGACAGAUCUACUGUUACUUGUAAUCUCUACUUCUGCAAUUACAUGCUUGGUUCUUUUAAAGAUGGAUCGCAAGUUAAUGUCAUCUAUACCGACUUUGCUAAGGCAUUUCGAUACAGUAAAUCAUGAGGUUCUUAUUUCAAUACUUUGUGCUUAAGGAUUUAAUGAUCCAAUCCUAUCCUGAUUCAAUUAAUUUUAAUUUAAUAGAUCACAAUGGGUUAAUAUGUUCAUCACAAAAUUUGAUAUAUUUCUACCUACAUCUGGCGUACCGCAUGAUGGCCAUUUCUCCCCACUUCUAUUCUUGCUGUUUGUUAAUAGUGCUUGCUCCUCCCUCAAGCAUAGCCAACUUCUCUGUUUUGUUGCAACAUGAAAAUUUUUCUGAAAAUUAAUACUGUUGAGGAUUGGCUCAAUAAUCGUCAAUAGACGAUCUCAAUAAUUUCUAUGUCUGAGCUGAUACUCUAAAUCUCUCAUUGAAUAUUAAUAAAUGCUGGUCAAUGGUCAAAAUUCACAAGAAGUCAUUCUCCUACUACUUGUUAUACUUUGUAUGGCUCCAACCUAAUUCCUGGUGAUUCUAACAUUUGUAAUCUUGGCUUUACUUUUACUUCCUCUCUUUGUCCUCGUGCUUACAUUGAUAAAAUUUCUACUUUGCCUUACUAAUUAUUUAAAAAAACGAGGUAAUUAAUCCUAAGAUGAAGUUAAUCAAUGAGGAUUCGCCAUUUCUUCCAUAAAAUUGUGUUACUAAAUUAUCUUAUUUUUGUUUUUUGUUUGUUUCUUUUUGUUAUCUUUUACACUUGUGUCUUUAUUCCACAUUUAUAAUAUGUAUCAUAUAUUGUCAACUUACACCAUAAUUGUAACCUGGGCUCAUCUUUAAUAAAUAAAUAAAUAUAUUUUCAUUUUGAAUAGGUAAUUAAAAUUUUUUAAAUUUAAUUCUGCAUUAUUCGAUACAGAAGUAAAUAACCUUUUAUUUAAGGUCAAAUAUUAUUAGACUGAAUGUUUUAUAUUGCAUGAACUGGGAUACACUGGUGUCUAUCUUAUUAUUAAUAAACAAAACCUAUUUUAUGCAAAUACUUAUGAUUUACUAUAUAUUUAUUAUUUAUAGUUAUUUUUGAUCCAGCUGCAUUCUAUGGUCACCAUGAAUAUGAUAUUGCAUCUACUACUUUAUUUGGUGGUUAUUCCAAUGAAUUUUAUGAUGCAUAUUUUAGAAAAAUACCAAAAGAAAAUGGUUUUGAAUAUAGAAUGUCUUUAUACCAUUUGUUUCAUUAUCUAAAUCAUUGGUAUGAUUAUAUUUUUAAGAAUAAAUAUUAAGAAUAAUAAUAUUUUUCAUGUAAUAUAUUAUUUUUUAGGAACCAUUUUGGAGGACAAUAUAUUAGCUCAACAAUAAAUACAUUUGAAGAAUGCUUCAAUGCAUAUAAAUACCUUUAGUUUUCUUAAUUCUAUUUCAGUGUGAAUUUUAAUUUUAAUUUAAAAAAUUAUGCUUCAAAAAAUUAAAAUUGUUACUACUUACUUUCUUCCAAUGAAUUUACAUUAUAGUAGGUAAUAUAUUUAGAAGAAUAUUAUUACAUUUUAAUUAAAUUAAAAAUGUUGAAUAUUAACAUAAUUAAUAGUUUGUUGAAUAUUUAUAUUUUUUUAAUAACAUUCCAUUGAAAUAAAUGUUAAUAUAUAAUUUGUAUUUAAAAUAAUAAACUAUUAAUGAUGCACUAUUACACUCUAAUUACCCACAAAACAACAAAUUUAAAAGUGGAAUAUUUUGCCAGCGGU